AGUAUAUCUAUAAAACAUGCUUGUGUUUAUUCAUAUAGAUAUAUAUGGUGUUUAUUAAGCAAAGGCAUGGACAAUCACGUUUAGUCUGCGUUUAAGUACUUCCGGUAUUAACAAACUUCUGACAGACAUAUUCGAGGAUGCACGAAUAAUUGAUUCAUGUGCACGAUACGGGAACAUAAUUAUUGUUGCGCUCUGAACUACUGCGUGUGGUAUAUAGAUUAAAAUAUUUUAAAGUCUAGGAAUCUUUUACAAGUAAAAAUUAGCCUUUAAAUCGACACAUAAUAUAGGAAAAAUAAUAGUCGCGUUAAAGAAACUAUAUGAACUGUCCUCAGUUUGCAGUUCAGAGAAAAUCAUGAACACUUUCCGGAUGAAUUAAAAAAGAAUUUGUUUCGAGAAAACCUCAGAAUCUUUUAGCUACCAGUAAUUUUCAGUUAUAUUUGAAUAAAACUGCUGAAAUGUAAGUUAACAAAAUGUUUUAAAAAAUGUUUAAAUGUUAAGGACGUGUAGGAAUAAAAGGUAGGUUAUAUUACAAAGGUCAGAGAAAAGAUUACGAUAAGUAGUGCUUUAAUUCGGAAAACAUGAGUUGGAGUAAAAUCAUCUAUUGCCAAUAGUCAAUCUAUUACUACUGUCUGAAGGAAGUUCAAGGGAUAGCGCUGCGUCUUAAACAGGAACACGUGUGUGAUGUGACUCUAGACUUGCUUUAAAAAUGACUACCAUCUACUCAGGCAUCCAUCAAAAGCUGAACAGCCAUCUUACACCAUGGCCAGAUAAACUGAAGCUGGCUCGAUUUGCAUGGGUGUCCAGUCAGUGCUUUCUUCCAAAUAAGGAACAGUUUUUGUUUGACUGGGUUGCUCGUGCCUUUUCGGGUUACUACACCAAGAAAGUAGAGGUGCCACAGGAGGUUGUGGAGGGCUUAUGGACUUACCUGAAUGAAAUUCUUCAUAGUAAGAAGCUUUGUACUGUCCUGAGCACAGGAAAGACCAUUAAUAUACACCCAGCAGUUCCCAAGAUGAUCAAUGAAAGGAUUCUGGAAAGCACUUCAGGAAAUCUGUCUGUUAACUUGUCCACUAUAUUGAGUUGUUGUGAAGGUCUCUUGACAUUUCCUGUCCUCGCUGUGACAUAUACUGCCAAAUAUGACCUGCUGGUGGAGCUUGUGGUUAGGACCUGUGGCGUGGCCUGUUUUCAACUUCAUCAACAGGGAUCUACAGAGCCUCUUUCUCUUAAGGUGUUUGAGGUUCUACUUCUUAUAUUGAACACCUAUUUGACUGUGCAAAGGCAGCAAGGAAACCCAAAAAGAGUUUUUGUUCAGGUGGCAGAGCACUUACUUCAGCCACUCUGCCUGUUAAGACACUUACUAACCUCUAGAACAUGGACAGAGAAGGAUGAUUCAAGGAUCCGACAACACAUGAGCAAAGAGAUCCGGAGCAAAGUGGACUUGAUUAUUCAGUCUGCUCUUUUCUAUCAUGAACAUCUACAGUACUACAGAGAAGAAGUUCUCCCAUCAGAACAGAGAUCAGGUGGAAAAAAGGGAUCUGCAGGCAAAACUUUGCUUUGUCCUGUUGCAACUAUUUUGUCAAAGCUUGUCCAUGGGCAUGAUGCAAAUACAGAGUCUUUCUUUUAUGGUGUCCAAUCCAGUUCUCUGCAAAUGCUCUUCAAAUUUGCUUUGGAUGCAUUUUGCAAAGGAGGAGAGAACAAGAUGGUUUGCUUUUAUAUUAUGACAAAGUUUCUUAGUGCCCUAGACUUUACAGAGGAUUUAAACAUCAAAGAAACAUUUAAUGAGGCAAACUGGAGCUUUGCUCUGCUUGCCUUAGAGAACAUCCUGAACUCCUGUUUGGCUGGAGAUAUCUAUAAUGUAGCGGCAGAUAAAAUACAUCAUGGGGAGGUACAGUUAAAAUUCUACAGGAAAGUGGCUCAGCUUUUAUUCAAUAAUGCUCAGACAGGCAUCCCAGCCUGGUACCGCUGCCUGAAAAUACUGCUGGCACUUAACCACCAAAUUCUUGAGCCAGAUCUCGACGAGCUUGUCUCCUUGAUCUGGGUGGAUGUCGACAAUGUGGAAUUUCGGGUAAAGAAAGCUAGAGAGACUCUUGUUUGUGCAGUACUUCAAACCUAUGCAAAGCUACGCCAGCUGCCAAAACUCUUUGAGGAAUUACUGGUCGUAAUCUGUCGACCAGCCGCUGAUGAACUGAGACAGGAGAUAUUGCCCGAGGCUUUGCAGAAUUGCUUGAGUCACUGUCUCUUAGACAACCCUCCUAGCCAGAAUCUCGAAAUCUGCAGCCUUAUUCUAGAGAAAAUGCAAAACGACCUCCCUUAUGUCCAAGAGGGAAGAAGAGAAUCUGCACUAAAGACGUUUUCUCUGAGUGUUCUCAUGCAUGCAGUUGUAUUUAGUCUUAAAACGUUAGAUGACAGCACUCCUUUGCCCAUAGUCAGAAAAACCCAAAGCCUAAUGGAGGAUCUGUUUAAAUUUGUUAGGGAUUUGCUUCAGCGUCUUGACAGAGUUUUGAUUAGAGAUACCCUUUGGGUAGAGAAAAGUCACGAAGCAAGUCUUCUUCUUACUCACACUUGUCAUGAGGCAGACGCACUCUUUCAAAUUCAUUGCAGUAAAUACACCUCCCCAGCUGGUCCAACUGGUGAUGUCAGUCUUAUCUCUGACACAGUACAGAAGGUUUUGCCACUUACAGAAUCAGGAGGUCAAAUAACCACUCCACUGAGCAGGUUUCUUCAAAAGCAUCUUGCUCUCCACAAAAUGAAAAGACACUCACUUAUCACAAAUUACCUUGCUGUGGACAUGGACACACAAGAUGUCCUUUAUGAAAUUGCUCAGGUUGUGGUAAAUAGUCAAGAACUUUCAAUAAACCUGUACAAUGACCAAUCCUGGGAUGGUCAGUUUUGCAGUGUUAAUAGUGACACCUAUCCAGUUGCUUUCUGGUUUCUUAUAACCACCAAUCUUCCAUUAAUUGCUCCAUACCUCACACAGGAAGUUACAUCCUGCAUAGCAGAUGCAAUUCUGAACUCCCUGCUUCAGGGUCACUCAGAAAGUAAUAUGGAGAAGACUGAUUUGUCUUUCCCACUGAUUUCAAAACAGUUGCUUGAAAGUACAGUUCUUUGUGAGUUGCCCAGUUUGCACUCAGCAGUAGUGACUUCUAUCACAGACAAGAUUUUUGGACUGCUAAAUGCUUCUGAUGUACAGUCCUUUUGUCCCUCGUUUUUAAAAUCCUGCACCGAAAUUGGUGUUUCACCUGAAGGCAAAGAAGGACACAUUGCCGAAAUCUCAUCCUCCUUUAACAGACUGAAAGCCAUAGCACAAGAAAUUAUGAACUGUGCUAAAGCUGGCACUUCUCUACCCAUAUCUGAAAAACAAGUAGACACACUUAUGCAGUUAAUCAGGAUAACAAGAGUCCUAAAUCCAUAUGCAAUAUCUCCUGAAGAUUACUUAAGACUUUUUUUGGGUUUGUUCAUCAUGACGCUUUGUCUCCAACAUAAUGAAAAUGGGACACUUGCACUACCAGUCAACCUUUUGAAGGAGCUGUUUGGCCUCAUGAAUUCACUGUUAGUGGGGAAAAAUUCUUAUACAAUCCUCAAAGCUAUACAUGGCAGUAUGCUCUUGGAGGCGACAAUGACCUCUCUUUUUUCACGUUUUGAUAAGGAUCUGUUUGGAAAUGUGAACUGCUCAGCUUGGUUUUCUUUUCUCCAGUCAGUCCAAGCUUUCAUUCACAGUGUAACACGUGUUAUUCUGGAGCGAAAAAGCAGCGUGCGAAUCAAUCUGGACAAGUUUACCACUUUUAUGAUUGAUAGAGCUUGUGUUAUUGGAAUAUCAUCUGCAGACUCUGGGGAUUGUGAUGAAGCUCUUUACUCAUUUCAGCUUCACUUAGCGACCUUGAGCACACUUUGCAAUGAAAUGAUGUCCGUUCUUGGAAAAGGUCCUCAGCUGGAUGAGGCUCUGACUCAGUUGUUGGGGAAAAUAAUCUCCCUAAUGGGGCCUGCCGCUCAGACUGUGAUGAUGGGUAAGGCAGACGGCAGGCUCAAACAGUCAUUCUUUAUUGAUGUGUUGACUGUGAUGAUCAAGAGUGAGCUAGCAAAAGUCUCUUAUCAGACCCAGGAUACUGGUGAUGGUGACCAACAGCCCAAGUUAUGCAACAUAGCACUGUACAAUAGCUUUGGCCAGCAGAUUUUGGAGGAAAUGUACCCAGCACCACAACCCAUGGAGUUUCUCAUUUCAUCUCUCCAUUAUCUCUCAGCAUUUUACAUGGCUGCAGAAAAAACUCAGGAGUCUGAUCUCCACAGUCUCCAUGUUAAGAUUCUACAGAGUGUUUAUAAGCUAUUAUCAAAAUCAUGGCUUUCUGUAUCAGAAGUAAAAGAACUGGAAGUCCCACUUCGAAGCUUGCUUGCUGAGCUAAUGGUCAGAUCUUCAGAAGAGCAACUCCAGUCAUUUUUUUUCAUGAUCCGAGAUGGACUUGUUGCAUCCCAGAUAGAAAUAGGAUACCACAAGGAUGCGUUUGCAACUGUGACUCUAAUAAAGCUGCUUGCCAGCUGUUCACUGUCCGAAACCACCUCAGAGAUGUUCUGGCGUAUUGUUCCUAAUAUCAUGUCUUCACUUGUAUUUGUGGUAAGAGCAUCUGGUCAAGUGUCUGCUCUAACCAGUUUACUGACUGUGCCAGUGGUAGAGACUCUAACCAUACUGCUCCGUCAGGGAGAAUCUCACAUCUCUGACCCACACCAUGUUAUCUUGGUGCUGGGAGCACUUGAGUUUGUGCCUCUGGAAAACCAAUGCAUAGACAAUUACUAUUCAGCCUUCCAUGCCAUCCAUGAAGCCCUGUAUGCAAUCAUCCUGUGCUACCCUAAAGUGAUGCUGAAAGCUUCUCCAGUCUUCCUGAACUGUUUUUAUCGUCUGGUUGUGUCCAUCAUACGUGAGGGAAGGCAAAAAGGGGAAAAUGAAAAAGGAAAGGAUUUUGAGAAGCUUUUACAGUGUGCCAUGUUAGUGGAGCGGAUGUACACCCAUAUUGGCAACGCAGCAGAAGGUUUCACUCUUCUGAACUCUUUCAUUGUAGCUCAGUAUGUCACUGAACUUCAGAAGGUGACACUUCAACCAGAAAUCAAGGCGCACCUGACCGAAGGCAUCUACUGCAUCUUGGACCAAUGUGUCGAACAAGACAUAAAGUUCUUGAACAGGACAUUGCAAAUGGGGGUUAAAGAAGUAUUCGGCGAGCUCUACAAAAAUUACACACAUUAUCACAAAUCUCAAAGGCAAGGGGAAGAGAAGUAUACGGUCUAAUCCUCUUGUCAACAAACUGAUUUUGUAAGAAUUAUUGUUAUAUUUUUUCUAUUACUGUGUGCCAGGGAAAUAAAUUAACUUUUGUGAA